CAACCGUGCGCGUUCAUAGUUCAUUUUCGUACAUGUCUUGUACGUGCGCGCGACCUGCGUUCUGUUAAGUUGCGAGGAAAAGAUGGCUGCGUCCGUGUGUAGAGCCGGGAGCGCUUUGGGUCGAGCGCUUGUCAAAGGUCCCAGCUCUGUCUUGUCUUUGAGACGGGGUCAGGCCAGCCUGUCCUAUGCACAGAGUCUUUUGGGGGUCCCCGAGACCCAGCUCACUACCCUGGAAAACGGCCUGCGGAUCGCUUCAGAGGAGUCUGGGCAUGCAACCUGCACCGUUGGGGUGUGGAUUGGCUGUGGCAGUCGCUAUGAGACAGAGAAGAAUAACGGAGCUGGCUUCUUGCUGGAGCACAUGGCUUUUAAGGGGACGAAGAAGCUGCCUCAGUCUGCCCUGGAGGAGGAGGUGGAGUCCAUGGGGGCCCACUUGAGUGCCUACACGUCCCGGGAGCACACUGCGUACUACAUGAAGACCCUGUCCAAGGACCUGCCGAGAGCGGUGGAGCUGCUGUCGGAGGUGGUGCAGAGCAGCUCGCUCAGUGAGUCAGAUCUGGAGCGGCAGCGGGGGGUGGUGCUGAGGGAGCUGGAGGAGGUGGAGAGCAGUCUGCAGGACGUCUGCCUGGACAUGCUGCACGCCACCGCCUUCCAGGGCACCUCCCUGGGGCACAGCGUGCUGGGGCCCUCACACAAUGCCAGGACUUUGACUCGUGAGGACCUGGUGGAUUACAUCAACAGCCACUACAAGGCCCCUCGCAUGGUGCUGGCAGCUGCUGGAGGCGUGAACCACAGUGAGCUGGUGGACCUGGCGCAGCAGCACUUCAGCGGGGUGUCGUUUGAGUACGAGGGCGAUGCUGUGCCCGUGCUGCCCCCCUGUCGCUUCACAGGGAGCGAGAUCCGCAUGCGUGAUGACGGCAUGCCCCUGGCUCACGUUGCCAUUGCAGUGGAGGGCGCGAGAGCCACCAGUCCUGACAUAGUUACCCUGAUGGUGGCCAAUGCCGUAAUCGGCAACUAUGACAUCACUUUUGGUGGAGGGAAGAACCUGAGUAGCCGGCUGGCUAGCCUUGCGGGGGAACACAAGCUGUGCCACAGCUUCCAGGCUUUCCACACCGCCUACUCUGACACCGGUCUGCUGGGGAUCCACUUUGUCACAGACAAGCACAACAUCGAUGACAUGAUGUACCACGCCCAGAACCAGUGGAUGAACCUGUGCACCACGGUGACGGAGAGUGAUGUGAUCAGGGCCAAGAACUUGCUGAAGGCCGCCCUGGUGGGCCAGCUGGACGGGACCACGCCCGUGUGUGAGGACAUUGGCAGGCACAUCCUGGACUACGGGCGGCGUAUCUCUCUGGCCGAAUGGAAUGCCAGGAUCAAUGCUGUCACCCCGAGCAUGGUGCGAGACGUCUGCUCCAAAUAUAUCUACGACAAGUGUCCCGCCGUAGUCGCUAUCGGUCCCAAUGAGCAGCUGCCCGACUACAACAGGGUGCGCAGUGGCAUGUACUGGCUCCGGUUCUGAACCUGCUGCUCCAGCGUUAGUGUUCACGUCCCCUCGGACCACUCCCAACUCCCACUGUUCUCCACCCUGUGUCUGUUCUUCCCACCAUGCAAUGCAAUGGAGAAACUCUGUUCCCCAGAGUGCUGGCUGUACACUGUGCCAUCUACUCCCCCUUUUCUUUUCUUCCCCCUCUCCAUUCCUCUUCCUUCUCCUUCCUGAACAUGCGUUUGGUGUUGGAAAUGGAUGUAGACUGUUCCGUUUGUUUUGUUUGUUUUACUCAUUUUACCAGUGUUUAUUUCAGUAUCCACCACAUACCUGAAGUGUGGCCACAGGAUUAGUGGAGCAGUAGCUGAACAGGUUCAGACAUUUACAUACUCCGUGCGUGGAGGAGUGCAUUCGGACUGUGCCCUCAGGCUUCAUACAGUACUGUAGGUGGGAAAAGGACAUGGUGCAUUUACAGGGUAAUCACCGGAGUCACUCCUAAGUUACUCUUUUAUUCAGAGGAGAAUGGGGAAGUAUUUAUGAAUUUAUGUACCCUUUUUUUCUGUUGUACAUAACUGCAACUCUGGUGCAUCCAGAUUCAAAUAAACAUAUAUUAAAGUA